AUGAACGGCCAGAUCGACUGGAACGAGAUGCCGGAAGCCCACGUGUUCAAAUCCGAUGUCACAGGGCUGAGGAAGGAGGAGGUGAAGGUGGAGAUUGGAGAUGGGAGGGUGCUUCAGAUAAGCGGAGAGAGGAACGUGGGGAGAGAGGAGAUCAACAACGACGAAGCCGCCGCGGUACAACGUGUUGAGUGCAGCAGUGGGAAGUUCACGAGGAGUUUCACUCUUCCCAUGAAUGCUAAGAUGGAUCAGGUGAGGGCGGCUGUAGAAAAUGGGGUUCUUAUUGUGACUGUUCCUAAAGAUGAGGCUAAGCAGGCCGUUGAGAGUUCUAAUUGA